AAGGAAAUUUCUAGACUUUGGGUCAACGACGUCAAACCCAGAGAUGCUCCAGAUUUUGAUCGGUCAACGCCAGCUGCUUCCUCAAUUAUUAGACUUUGAAUUCGAAUUAGAAUUAGGGAUUCGUUUAUGAAGAGGCUGAGGCUACUGAGCUGAGCUGAGCUCCUGGAAUUUUUGAGGGAAAUGGACGCAGUGAUGUCCACCACCUCGGGCUCUGCUUCUGUUUGGCUAUUUCUUCUGUUUGGUUUCCUUCAACUCCUUAAACUCUCUGGAAACGUUGAAGGUGACGCAUUGAAUGCGUUGAAGAGCAAUUUAGUUGAUCCUAACAAUGUUCUCCAAAGUUGGGAUCCCACUCUCGUCAACCCCUGUACAUGGUUUCAUGUCACUUGUAAUAGCGAAAACAGCGUUACGCGAGUUGAUCUUGGCAAUGCCAAUCUCUCUGGUCAAUUGGUGUCACAACUUGGUGUUCUUUCCAACUUGCAGUACUUGGAACUUUAUAGUAAUAACAUAACUGGAAACAUUCCAGCAGAGCUUGGAACUUUGACAAACUUGGUCAGCUUGGAUCUUUACUUGAACAGUUUACGUGGUACCAUUCCCGACACACUUUCCAAGCUAGAAAAACUACGUUUCCUGCGUCUCAACAACAACAGCUUGACGGGGAAUAUUCCCAUGGCUUUGACUAAGAUUCAAUCGUUGCAAGUCCUGGAUCUUUCAAAUAACAAUCUGACUGGUGAUAUUCCGGUCAAUGGUUCUUUUUCACUUUUUACUCCCAUCAGUUACAACAAUAACCCUUUUCUGAAGGCUCUUCCAGCCUCUCCACCUUCUUCUGUUCCUUCAACCCCGCCAAGUUCUCCAGGAACGUUUUGGCCAUCCCUUGUGUUUAUAAAUUUAUUUUAAUAAUAUGAGAUGCUUGUCCAAAUCAUAAGCUGUAUAAUGUUUGCAACAUGCAGCAACCUUGAGCUUAUUUUUGUCACCACCAUCUGUCUGCUGAAGGCCUCUAACAUAACUCGACCCGUAUUUGCUCGACAGCAACGGGUCUUCUCCCGGAGUCUCCUGACCUCUCCCCCGUCUGGGGUCCCUAAAUAUGUUAAUGUUUGGAGACCAAUAUGUCAAUCCUGCCAAUCCCACAUUGUACAUUGCUCUGGCCUCGGUUGAGACCACCUGCCCACACACACAUUAAGCUGUUGAUCAUUCUAAGCACGAAACUAACAUCUCUGUCAUGGACCACGUGCAACCAUACAAUACAAGUUAUGGUGUUACAAGA